AUGAAUAACUCGCAGCAUGAACUUCCAGCCAUUGACAGAGAGUACCAUCGGAUUAUUCUUGGAUAUUGCAAAGGAAACCAAGACAUUACUCUUCAACUGAAGUCAGUGCUAGGCAAGCUUUCUAAUCAAUUGAUAAGCCCAUACGUGAAAGGUCUCCCCAAAGAAGAUAAGAAGAGACUUGGAAAUUUAUGCGAACUUCUCAUCAAGCUAUAUCAAGACUGUAAAGCCGGAGGUAAGGAGAAACAGCAUGCUUUGACCUUAAACGAGAAGACACUAUGGCUUAGUUCAAAAGCGAAUGGCCGGUAUUAUUAUCCAUACUAUGAGCAAAUUGGUAGCUUUGAUCAUAUGGAAAGUGUGGGAAAUUUAGCUCUUGUUGACAUAAGGGAUAUAAAGGGAGCAUUUGAACUUUGCCAGGGCACAUUUCCUACCUGUUCGUUUGUCUGCGCUCUUCAAUCUCUCAUUUACUACAUGAAUCCAGACCAAUUUGUAAGCAGUUUAAUCCAGAAUUGCUCAGGAGGAACAUUUUUGGUUGUAUUUUACUUUAAUGGUACAAGGAGAAGUUGUAUCGUAGACUCUUCAACUUCUAUUGGCCAAGUAAGAUCCAUUACGAAUCCAAAUUUAAAGUGGCCGGCACUGAUUGAGAAAGCUUUUCUACAGAUUUACAAUUGCCAAGUUCCACAAUUGUUUUCCGGCUCUAACUUUGCAAAUGACUGCUAUCUGCUCUCGGGAUUUGUUCCUGAAUAUAUAUCGAUCAACAAGCUGACAGAAGAGAAGAUGAAUCAGAUAUUUGAUGCUUAUGUAAACAAACACACAGCAUUGGUGGCAUUAGGAACGGGCGAACUCAGCUUGGAUGCAAUGAAGCAGACACAUCUUCUUCCAUUCCACGAUUAUAUCGUUGAAAAAUUAGAGAAGAAUAAUCAUGAUUACACAUUUACGUUGCGGGAUCCCUCCAAGCCAAAAACACGUGCUUUCACAUACGUUUUUUCAAAGGUGUGCCGAUUUUUCCAGACUCUCUACAUGAAUUGGAACACCGAUAAACUGUUCACGUCCAAGAUAAAUGUCGUGUUUGUUGGCUCCCAUAACCACAAAUUUAAUAAUGAAUCUUGCAUUGAAAAUCCUCAGUUUGUUGUGAAGGCUAAUCCACACGGAUCAAAAAGAGAAACAUGGAUUCUGGUUGAGGAACAUCUAAAGAAGGAUACGGAUGAAAUACUGGACUCCAAAAUACAGUCAAUUAGAUGGUUUGAAGGAGAUAAAUGGGUGUGGGGCCCAAAUUCGGGUUUACUUAUAGCCACAUUCAACUCAAAUGGCACCAGAUUUAUUCUCUCGAAAGUCUGGUUACCAAAGACAGGCAGUCUUACAGGUGUGAUUGAAAUAAAGAGGGAUCUAGGGGACUCUUUUGUGUAUAGUGUAAACUGCUACUCGAACUUUCCUGCUUUUCUCUCGAGGCCGAUCAGAGAUGCAUUUUCAGUGCAGUUUGACAGCCUGUGGACAAUGACGGAAAGUGGAGGAAACUGGACAAAGAAUACUUAUCUCAAUAAUCCACAAUUCGAGGUCUUCUGCGAUGAGGGUACAUUCGUUGUGAAUUGCACAAUUGGAAUUUUUACCCAAAAAGAUAUCCACAUCAAUGCCGCAAUUUUUGAUAACGACUUUUCAGAAUUUAAAUGCUUAACCUCCUUUGAUGAACGGCUGUUGGUUGCUGGUCAGCCAACAGAAUAUAGACCAGGGUAUGAGAUUUUUUCGGUGUCUCUUCAGCCAAGAAAAUCAUACGUGAUUGUUUGUUCAACAUACGACUCCAAUACUCUUGAAGAAUUUAGAUUAAGAGUGAAAUGUGAUCACCAUUUAACUGUGAAACGGAUUUCAACUUCGUUGGGGGUAUUCGAGGAAAGGAAGAAAAGAACAUUAUCUGAGUUGCAAAAUGAUUCAUGGAAUAAUGCAUACUGUUUCGUGCUAAGAAGAAGCUCAAAAGUGGUAUUAAAGGUGAGAUUUUCUACUUACAUCAGAGAAAUUGAGCUAAUUAACAAGGAUACAAUGAAAACAAUGUUUGAUGAGAUAAAUGUAAAGCACAAAACCGUUUUCUUAGGAUCACAAAAACAUUCAAUUCCGUCUGGCAUGUAUGUGCUACGGGUUAAAGCCCAAAACAGCAAAGAAAGCAUAGAAAUUGGGGCUACACUAGGAACGGACUAUCGGGUAGAAUUGUUGCCGAUGGAUUAA